UCUCAUGGAGUGUACCUAGUUAUAUUCCAUCAGACUAUCCCAUUAUCACAUAUGAGAUAGGAUAUCAUAUCUUAAAGUCUGAUAACUGUUCAAUGGUAGAUGAUAAUGAAAUUGACAUUCAAAUGCUACAGCUUUCUAAUUCAACCAAUGGUGAUACAUUUAUUAACAUUACUGGUCUUAAUGAUAGUACUUGUUAUAUUUUUGGUGUACGUGCAUACAUUGAUAAUGGAUAUAGUAAAUGGAGAGUUAUUGCUAAUGAGACACUAUCAGAACCACCACCUCCUACAACUACAGCCACUAGUCCUACAUUAGCCACAAGUAGAUCAUCUAUAGGAGUUGUAAUUGGAGUGACAUUCUCAAUAUUGUUACUAAUAGUAGCAGCAGGGGCAGUAUUUGGAGUGGUAGUGUUCAUCAGGUUUAAAAGAUUGAAGUAUGCACAAAUUAAAAAAGAAGAGAGUGGCAAUAAUGAAAUUGAGCUCCUGUCAGCAAACAAGAAGGAUUCAUCUGAUCAUUCAUGUACCACUGGAUUGGAUGACACAGAUACAAACAAUGAAAAUAAUCCAAUACAGAUUGAGUCAGUGUACUCUGCUGUACAUAAUGAAGAUAUUAUCCCACCAGUUUAUGAACCAACAUACACUGAUAUAGAUACACUGAAAGUAUCUCCUCCUACUGUAUAUAACACUCCUAAAUUUGAUCCAAAAAUUCCUCUCACUCUACCAGUAUCAGUGGAUGAGCUGGGUACUCAUGUAGCUACUUGUCAUAGCAAUGGGUUUGAUGAGCAAUAUGAAAAUCUUAGCAAUCCACAUAGCAAGCGAUGUACUAUUGGACAUCGUGAUGAGAAUUCAGGAUUUAAUAGAUUCAAAAACAUUACAGUUUAUGAUGAUAACAGGAUAAUAUUGAAACCUAAUCCUAAUUUGGAUAUGUGUGAAAGAGAAUAUAUUAAUGCUAGUUAUAUUGAUGGAUACAGUAGCAGUAACAAGUUUAUAGCAUCACAAGGUCCAAUGAAGAAGACAUUAGUUGAUUUCUGGCGUCUCAUCUGGCAGGAGAAGCCAGUGUCUAUUGUAAUGGUAACCAACCUGAAGGAAGGAACUAAGAGCAAGUGUGAGCAGUACUGGCCUAAUAAGAGUGAAGAAUUUGGACCAUUUACUGUCAUGUUAAUAAGUCAACAGGUUUAUCCUGACUUUGUUAUUCGUCAACUUAAUGUUAAAAUACAAGAUGGAUCUAAUGAUAGUCAUACACUGACUCAGUAUCAUUUAACCUCAUGGCCUGAUCAUGGAGUACCUGAUUAUGCUACACCAUUGAUGUCUCUUCACAAACAAGUCAUGGCUACUUGGUCUCCCUCUAAAGGUCCCAUCCUGGUCCACUGUAGUGCUGGUGUAGGUCGUACUGGUACAUUUAUUGCUAUAGACAUAGCUCUGGAACAAGCUAAGAGAGAGGGAGUAGUAGAUAUUGCUGGUAUUGUUAAUAGACUGAGACAACAGAGAAUGAAGAUGGUUCAGACACUAGAUCAGUAUGUAUUUCUUCAUGAUGCUGUGCUAGAGGCAAUCAUUUGUGGAGAGACAAAGAUACCAACUGACAAAUAUCAAACAAAGCUUCAGGAAUUAAAGGAGAUUGAUUCAUCAACUGGUUGUUCUGGUCUUCAGUCUCAGUUUGAUCUACUCUCUCAAGUGACUCCUGAUCCUGAUGAUGUAUUUACUAAUACUGCUAAAGCUUAUCCUGCCAAGAAUCGCUCCAGCAAAUUUCUACCAGUUGAAUUAUUUCUUGUACCACUUCAAGAAGCUAAUGGCUACAUUAACGCAUCAUUUAUUUCUGGUUUUCAUGAGAAGAGGGCGUUCAUUAUAGCUCAGAGUCCUAUGGAAAACACUGCCAGAGAUUUGACAGAUUGGCCUCAAGAUGGAGUUGUUAGGGAACCACGUACUGUCCUACAAGUUAUUGAUGAUGUUAUACACAGACAACAAAAGAUUGGAGGAGGACCAGUAGUGGUACACUGUAGUGAUACAGUGAGUCGUUCAGGAGUGUAUUGUUCAGUGAGUAUUGGUCUAGAACAGUGUAAGGCAGAAGGUGUAGUGGAUGUGUUUCAAGUGACUAAAGCUGUGAGAAGGAGUAAACCAGGAGCUGUGACUACACUGGAGCAGUAUACUUCCAUAUAUGAUGUGAUUGACAUGUACCUUCAGAUGAACAGCAUGUAUGGGAACUUUUCAGUUUAA